UCACUCACUCUCUGGGGAGUGAGUGCACGGCUUACUAACCUGCAGACAACAAACACAGGGAGACAUCCAUGUGCAGGUCGGCCCGUGUCUGUCUCGUCGCGUCCAUGCGUAGGCACUUACCCAGACGAGAAGGGCCCUGAGCCAACGGCCUGUGGUGGCCGGAGAAGGCGGGAUGGCGUGAUGGCGUGGGUCUGUCGAUGGCCACGGUGCCGUCGUAGAAGGUCUCGCAGCCCAUCGAGGGGGGCCGGGGGUCGGGCCGGGGACCUCUCGGAACUCGCGCGUGGCCGUGUCGUAUUUCAAGGGCCGGUCGGUGGCCAUGCCGUUCUCCAGAGUGGCGGGGCAGUUGAAGCGAGCCAACACCUGUAUGUGGGGGAGGCAGACACACAUAGGCACAGACAGAUGGAUGGCUUCUCCAUUGUUUGGUUGGUUCAUUGCAUGUAUGUGCCUCUUACGCGUAUGAGUGCUGUCCGUCGUAGGCGUAGAGUGCCCUGACGUCGUGUCGCCCCAGUGAUCCGUUGGUUGAAGACUAUGACAAAGGCGUCGAAGCGCUUCAGCUCGCCAUCAAACUUCUGUAGCACCUCCUCACUCACAGAACGAUUCGGCUCACCUGACACGACCCGGCCAGUGGAUUGCACAGAGAUCAUGACACACACACAUGACGCCCAUAUUUCUUUUCUGGUUCGCUUACCCGCCAAGCACACGUUCUGCAUCGCAUUCCGUAUGAGCUUCCUGUUGCACGCACGGCCCCCAGGACGCUCUGGCUGAGCCUCUGACUCAGCAGCAGGGCUCUCGCCCGCCUCGACAACAACACUAUCAUUGGCAGCUCGGCUUUCCUCGAUCGGCUGCACCCCGCCCGACACAUCCUCCACCUCCGUCAGCACACCAGCAGCAGGGUGGCCGCGCUCCGCUCAAAGGAAUGUGUCGCGUUGGCCGGGGUUGUGGGGCGUGGCCAUUCAUAUCCUUCAGUUCAGCGUCAGCGCGCGCCGGUGGUCUCUUGACGCGCUGUGGCCUCUCCGGUGCCUCCACCUGUACAGGCUGAUGCGAUGGGGGGUGGGGCGACGGUUGCUGCUGAUGCUGUGGGGCGUCUCUGUCCGCCCCUGCUGCCCCGUCCGCCUCCUCAAACUCGACAGCUGGAUCCACUUGCUCCUGUGGCGGUUCAUCUGCCGUCUGCGCAUCGCUGUCCGUCCCCUCCACCUCAUCCAUCUCCUGCUCUUUGAACAACAGCGGGUGCGUCAAGAUUCUCAGUCGCAUCCUCUUCAAGCUCCUCCUGGGCUCCUCCAGUGGUGCGGCAUCGGGUGACGCCACUGCGGCAUCCUCGUCUUGCGUCACUUCUGCCGCUGCCGGCGACGGUGUGACAUGCAUGUCCUCGACCUGUUCUUGUUCAACAGAGGCGACGGCGUCGUUGUCCUCAACCCCGGCUCCUGCCAACGGCGCCUGGCCGACAUUCCACUCGCGUCGCUCACAGAUGGCGGCGUCAGCCGUCUUAAGGUCUGCUGGGGGUGGUGAAGGGCCAAGGGUGGCUUUGUCGUCCUCCUGGAAAGAGGUCGACGGCUGCUGAGGCAGCUCAGACUCAGAGGCCACAGUGGGCAGCCGGUCCGUCGAGUGGCGGGGGUCGAUGGCUCCACGCCUCACCAAUGUGUCGCCAUGGUGGUCCUCCUUCCUGACCCUGAGGAACGCCUGCAACUCCGCUAUGAUGGCCGUCACCUGUGGAUCGUCACCAUCCGCCGCCGCGUGUGCGUGUGCAUGGGACCGGCUCGUGGGCAGCAGAGCCGUGUCGCGUCCAUCGCCAUUGUCAUCGUCUUCUCUCGCUUGUCUGGUCAGCUCGUUGGUGAGGGUGAGCUGAUGGAGGAGGCAGCUGCCUGUGCGGCCACCUGCUCACGCAUGGCGUCGGCAUUCACCUCCACUGUCCACAGCUCGUCGGCCCUCAGGUCAGCCAGGGAAUAGCAGAAAACGCCCCGAUCCUCCUUCACACGCAAUGCUGGCUCAGGCUCGACACGCACAGGCUGCUGGGGCCAGCAAGUGUCCGAAUCCGCCUCUACGCACAUGGGAAAAGCUCUGCAUGCAGGAAAGCGAGACGCACAUACACCCAGCAUGCCAAUGACACAUCAUCUGCUCUUCUUCCUCCCUUGCCUGAUCUGCCUGUGUGUGUGUGUGUGUGUGUAAGUGUGUGUGUUUGUGUCGGUCUUGCCGUCCGUACCAGUCAGAACAGCAUGGCGGUACCUAUCCAAUAAUUCCCACAUGGCCUCGGGCGCCAUCCCGUCAGCAUGCCCCUUCCCCAGCUGCUUGUAAAGCUCCUGGCUUUUCUUGCGCAGGCUCCGGUUCUGCUCCUUGGCCUCCUCGCCCCAGCCCUCGACCUCUUUCUCUGCCCUCUUGUAGGUGUUAGCGGCAAAGUUGGCGAUGCUGUCCACCUCCUUCCUGUACCGCCCCCGCAGCUCCCGGCGCGACUCCUCGAGCCGCUCGCCGCCCCCCUCUCGCUCGGCCUGCUUCGCGUCAUUCCAGAGGCCCUGCAGUUGAAUCUGGGCAUCUAUCCAGAGCAUGUUGGCGGCACGGUCGCUUGGAGCGGCCAGCAGGAGGAGCGAGAAGGCCGCGCUCAUGCAGUCCGUGGCGUAGGUCACCGUCUCGUCCUCAAACUCCCGCCCCUCCAGAGUGGCGUCGAGGUGGUGCGCCGUGGUGAAGGGGGGGCGAGGGCAGCUGACGAGACGGGGCUCGCCGGACUGAGCGCGGCCGUCGGGCUGCAUCCUCCUGGACGCCUCCAGGUCGAUGACCGUGAUCUCGCCCUUCUCCACAUCGGCCACCAGCACAUUCUUGACGUGGAAGUCGUUGUGCGUCUUGUGGUGGCGGCGGUGGAUGUGGAGAAGGGCUUCAACCAAGUUCACCGACACGGUGGCGCGCAGUAGGGGGCUGGGGCGACUGUCGCGGGGCUCCUUGGGCCUGGCGAGGUCUUCGAGUGUGGGGGCGUUCAUCUCCCCUGCAGGACACAAACGCAGCACAGACACACAACCACACAGACAGACAUGAGCAUUCGGUGUUUCUUUGUGCUGUGUAUGCUGUCUGCCUACCGCUGCCGACUUUCGACAUGAUGAGGCAGACGCCGUCCUCGUCCACCUUGUCGGGCAUGCGCUCGCCCUCGUCGGCGCCUCCCUGCCGCAUCUCCCGUGCGGCGACCUUGCCCGCCGCCAGCUCCUCCGGUGUGAGGAAGCCGUACCACUGGGGCAGGUACCUCACCGACGAGGUGUGGCGGCGGCCGUGCAGCAGCUCGGGGAGCUGGUGCUGCCGGAACUCGCCGGCGCUCGUGCUGAGCUGCUGCAGGGCGUCGGACUCGCACUUGAGGGCGGCGCAUACCUCCUCCCGAUCCCCCUUGGUCUCGGCCAUCACGUCGCGGUGCAUCGACUUGGUGAUGAAGCCCGUGCCAGCCGGGAAGGCCCCUUCCCCGGUGGCACGGGCCGCCCACACGUCGACGUCUACACGCGUCCCUUCACCGCCCACGAGCCGCCGGACGGGCACCAUGGUGGCGAGCAGCGGGGGGUGGGUGCCGGUGCUGCUGGUGGUGGUGCUGGUGGCUGCUGGGCUGUCUGGGGCGUGGCUGGUGUGUGGGGGGGAGGGUGAGGAUGAGGGUGAGGAGGGCGAGGAGGGCGGCGACGAGGGUGGGAUGGUGGUGCAUGUGGCUGCGGGGCUGCCCGUCGCGCUGUCGCCUCCGCUGCUGCUGCUCUGUGGUGGUGGGGAGGUGGGGAAGAGGGUCGCGGGUGGGGCAGGGGGCUCGGGUGGCGGUGAGGGCGGCGCCUCCGCCACCUCUGCAGGGGGUGCCGGGGGUGCAGCAGCCUCCACCACCACUGCACUACUCUGCUGUUGCGGCUGCUGCUGCUGCUGACCCUCACUCGCAGUCGGGCAGCCAGGGAGGGUGGCGGGAGGGGCAGAGGGCUGGGGAGAGGGCUUCAACUUGCCCUGAGCAAACGACACGCACGGAUGACUUCCACAUCUCCACCUGUGCAUGUGUGCUGUGCACAUGUGGCGUACCGUUUUUAGGAAGUAAUACGUGUGUGAGUUGGCAAUGGCGGCGCCGGUGGCGGUGAUGGCCUUGAAGACCGUUGUCUUGGCGAGCAGCUCCCGCGUCUGCUUGAACUCCGGCACCCACCUGCUGCUGCGGUGCCGGUGCGGUCCACGGCCGCCGACCUGUCAACAAUCGCAUGGUGUGCAAGGCAUGACACGUGAGAUGCAGACUAGUAGUGUGUGGUUGAGGGGUGAGGAGGGGAUACGUACCUGUCCGCCGCACGGUGAGUCGUUGUUGGUGCUCGCGUUGCUGCUCUCCCCGUCCUUGUUGCUCGGCGCGCCGCUCGCCGGCAGCCCCUUAUCAUUGCCCUGACACAUCCACCCACACACGCACAUUUCCGUGGUGUGCUUUCUCCUCUGCCCCGCCCCUUUGGGCUAACUUUCUCACCUUCUGGCUAUUGCUGGAUUGGCUAGUCUCCGCGGCCAUGACGGGUGAGGUGCCGCUGCCGCUCGAGUCCUUCCUCUCCCCUCCCUCGAUCUGGUGCGAGCAGUCGGGCAUCAGCUGCACCGACACCAACGCCUCCGACCUCACACUCACACCACCAUUGCCAUCCACCACCUGGCUGUCCACGCAGCCGUUGCCGCGGGUGGUGCCGAAGUGGAUGGACUUGAACGGCGUGUUGCUGGCCGUCAUGGGGUUCCACAGGUGGAUCGACGUCUCAGUGCUGGGCAGCGUCUGGCCUGCAGAGAAGGAGGCAGAGAGGGGGCUGUGUGUGUGUGUGUGUGUGUGUGUUGGUGGUGGUGCUUUGCGUACCGGUCAUGAGAUACGGGGACCCUGACAGCGACACCCACUGCAACACGUCCGUCGGCGGAAUCUGACGAUGCCAACAGACAUCAAGAUGGGCCGGCGGCGUGUGGGUGUCACGGUCCAUGUCCUUACGGUAGCGUCUUGUGCAAUGAAGACCACUUUGGCCGGACCCAACGCCUCAGUCGACACGUCCCACACCGCAGCGAAACCUGAUACACAGAUGGAUCGAAGACACACACACACACAGGCGUCUUCGUGCGUGUAGGGCAUUGUUUGCGUGUUGUACAAAACUCACCCGGGUUGUUGGCGGUUUGUAUGCCAGCGAUGGCGAGGUACUUGCCGGUGGGGUCGAACUGCAGCUUGUCUAUCCUGACCUUCAAGUUGCGCGUCUCAGGCAACCUGACACACACGUGAGAUGCCGUGCCGUGUGUUUGUCCGGCUGGUGUGUGUGUGUCUGUGUGUGCGUGUUUACUCUUCGAGCUUGAGCUGGUGCUUGCUGUUGCCCUCCAUGUCAAACACGUCUACCUGCUCAAUGGCACAGAGGGAGAGAGGGGGGGGAGGGAUGUGUGUGGUGCGUGUCAUCGCCGUGUGUGUGGUUGGUGUACCCUCUUGGUUUGGUCCUGCUGCACGAAGUUGAUCGCGAACCUUUCAGUGGCGCCGCUCCACUGCCACGCCGUCGCCAUGCACCGACCUGAAACGCCAUGCAUGUGCACAUCGACGCUGCUGUGUGUGUGGGUGAGAUGUAGGUAGGUACCUUGUGUGGUGAUGCCGACUUCAACGGGUUCAACGGGCUCCAGGGUCCUCAUGGUUAGCUCGUCCCUGCCACUCGUGUCCGGCAGCUGACGACAGACACAACAGAUAAACAAUGCCACUCUGCUCUCUGGUAGUCGAGUGUGCCUCCCUCCCCUACUUGUAUGAUCGACACGUAUCGCGCCAAAUGCGGCUUAGCGCCAUCAAACUCCGCAACCUGCACAUGCACACGCAGACAUACACAGUGCCCGGCACUCUCUCUCUUUGCAGACAGGUCAGCUUACAAUCAGCCCUGACGCUGAGGGGUUCCACCUGCAUUGCAUUGCGCACAUCGAUGGCAAUGCACACCCUUUCUGCAUGUUGUUCUUUCCCUCUCUCACCUCAUUUCGAACCGCCCAUCGGCAGACCCAGAGUGCAGCUUGGCCUUGCCCGGCAGCGGAUGCGGCUCCUGAUGCAUGGAUGGGCUCACCACGGCGUUGGCUUUCCCGCCCUUAGCGGAUUUCUUGAGCAGGUCGUAUAUGGUGAUGUAGGCGGACGUGUCGUCCUCCUCACAACGAAACGCCACAGCCACCAACGCGGCACCCUACACACACACACACAACGAUGACAUGGAUGCUUGGGGGUUGGAUGGAGGCAAGGGUACCUGUGGGGAUGGCUUGAACGCGGCCACUGGCUGCUCCUCCAUCUUUAUGUGGGCGGUGGGUGAGGUGCUGCCCGCCAACGUGGAGCCAACAAACACAUCCAGACCCUUCAAACAGGCAUCCUGCAUGCCAUGCACAUGACGGACGCACGCAAACAUGGUCCACAAAUCGUCUUACGAGCGACACAGUGGGUGAGUAGGUACCUUUGCGAAUGCAUACUCAUCCCCCCUGUGAAUUGGACUGUCGGCCACACGCCGCUGAACGCAAACUCCCGCUCCUGACAUGACAACACCAUACACAACACAACAGCACAACGACCGUCGUGACACCGCAUGUGUGCUGCGCCCUAGCUGGCUGUGUGUACUUGGUGACUGACCCAUGUUCCGUCGCUCGCCCUCCACACGUUGACUACGGACGCGUUCCUCUCGAGAGUUAUCUGCAGACAUACACACACACACAGGUGACCACAGGGCCCCAUUGUGUGUGUGUGUCUGUCUGUCUGUGUGUGUGUGUGUGACCAGGUGUUUGCCCGCCGCCGAGAGGCACACUUGGUCGACCUCUGACUGCAGCGAUACUGAGGCACACAUGACACACGCAGCAACACACAGUACACACGGGGCGAGUGCCGUGCAAUGAGUGCCAUGCAUUCCCCCGCAAGCCUUUGAUUUUGAGCGGACCUUGUAUCUCUUUGGGAGGCGUCUUGCCCUUGCUCUUGAGGUCCACUAUCGUUAUCCUCCUCCUCGACUCAUCCAGCAUCAUCAUCUGACCAGCAAUCAACCGACCACCGACACGACACAACAAACAAACAAAACAUGCCAUCCUGUGCCCCUCUCUGGCAGCAACACGAGGGUCGCCUCCGCCCUUUCAGUGUGUGCGAUGCCCAGUGGUGCCGCUUACACUGUCGCCGUCCUCCGAUACCGUGGCCAU